CCUCCUGGCCCACUGCCUCCUGCUUCCAAGGAGUUUGAGGACUAGCAGCUGUAAGAGAGCCACCAGCGGCUGGGCUCCAGAGCUAGGAAAGGAUGAAGCUUUCUUAAGGCAUCUUUCCUUUUGGAGAUAAAACAAUUGGAGACGGAAGUGCUUGUGUUCUCUGCAAUAUGUGAUCCUAAGGCAACAACUCCCUUUGCCUUAAGAAAGAAAUUGGCAGGCCUGCAAAGAGAUUCUUUGAACCCCUUUAGAGGCUGAGUGGAGAUGAAAGAGCCAGAGCCAGCUGGUCCUAAAGCCCAAAGGGGAUGCCAUGAUGCCAUUGGCCCUGGGAACAAUGGAGCAUUCUGGGAAAGAACAGGCCAGAAGGACCUGACCAAGGACACUGGCAGCUCUGAGGUCCAGCGCCAGCGCUUCAGGGAUUUCUGCUACCAGGAUGCCAAAGGACCCCGGGAGGUUUGUAGGCAAAUUCACAACCUUUGCCAGCAAUGGCUGAAGCCAGAGAAGCACACAAAGACUCAGAUGCUGGACCUGGUGAUCCUGGAGCAGUUCCUGGCUAUCCUUCCCCCGGAGAUGGAGAGCUGGGUUCGAGAGUGUGGGGCAGAGACCAGUUCCCAGGCUGUGGCCCUGGCAGAAGGUUUCCUCCUGAGCCAGGCAGAGGAGGAGAAGCAGAUGGAGGAAGAGAUGAAGAUGGAGUUAGGCAAAGCAGCCACUGCAUUGCUUAAGGCAGAGGAGACCCAGCAGCAGACUAAGAGAUGGCUCAUGGAGGAGGAUGACAAAGGUGCUACCUCUCUUGGCGAGAGACUAAACCUCUGGCCUUGUCCAAGGACUUCUCCUGUUGCAAUGGACAUGGUUGCAGCCCAACCAGAUCAGGAUUUGAUGGCCUUUGAAGAGGUUGCUGUGCGUUUCACAGAGGAGGAGUGGGCUCUGCUGGACCCAUGCCAGAGGGCUCUACACAGGGAGAUCAUGGAGGAGACUUGUGGGAUAGUGGCCUCUCUGGGUGCUCUGAGGAAGAGUGAUACAAAGGAUGAACAACAGAGCAGAAAAAGCACAGCAGAACAGAAGUGGAUGAAGAGAUCUGGGUUUUCUCAAAGUGUGCCUUCCCAUGAAAUCUCACAACUAGAAGAAUGUUGCACAGAAAGAGAAAAUAAUAUAUUCCUUUGUUGGACAAAAAACCUAACUGGUGUACCUGCAGGAGUACAUGAACCAAAAGAGCUAUUUAAAGACUCAGAAUGUGGAAAGACUUUCAAGUGGAGGGUACAUGCUGUUGUUCAUCAACGAACUCAAACAGAAGGCAAAUAUUUCCCAUGCUCAGUGUGUGGAAGGAGCUUCUGUCAAUGCAACAGCUUUACUGAGCACCAAAUAAUCCAUGUAGAAGACAAACCCUACAGAUACUCAGACUGCAGAAAGAGCUUCAUACAGGGUAAUAGACUUACUGUCUAUCAAACAGGUGACACGGGAGAGAAACCCUAUAAAUGCUUAGAGUGUGGAAGAAGCUUUAGACAGAAUGAUACACUUGUUGACCAUCAACUGACUCAUGCAAGCAAGGAGUCAUACAAAUAUGUGGAGUGUGGAAAGCAAUUCAGAGAAAGCUGUAAAUUUGCUGUUGAUCAAAGAAACCACUCAGUAGAGAAACCCUAUGAAUGGACAGUCCAUGGGCAAAGCUUCACACAAAACGAUGGCCUUGCUGCCCAUCAAAGAAUCCAUACAGGAGAAAGACUGUAUAAAUGCUCUGAGUGUAGAAAUUGCUUCAGGCACAACAAUAUCCUUCCUAACCAUCAAAGCAAUACAGGAGAGCUACUGUACAAAUGUUUACAGUGUUGUAACACAUUUACAGAAACUGGGAGAGCCAAUAAACCUGCUUCAUUAGCUCCUCCCAGCGUGUCAAAAAAACGUAGAUCUAUAAGUUUAGCAACCAAAAUGGAAAUUAUAAGAAGGGUGGAGGCUGGUGAAAGGAAAAGUCGAGUGGCACAGUCUUUGGGGCUGGCACAAUCCACUUUAAAGACUAUUUUAAACCAAUCAGAAAAAAUCAAGUCCUCUGUGCAAAACUGCAGUGAUGUUACUAUUGGUAUAUUAACACGCACACGACACAGUAUCAUUGAGAAAAUGGAGAGACUACUGAGUGUUUGGGUAGAUGAUAUGAGACAGCAUCACAUGCCAAUCAGUCAGUUGGCAAUACAACACAAAGCCUUAAGUCUCUUUCACCAGUUAAAGGCACAAGAAGAAGGCACUACAGAAACAUUUGUGGCCUCCCGUGGGUGGUUCCACAAAUUCAAGAAACGUGCCAGAAUUCAUAGUGUCCGCUUCUUGAGUGGAGGUACAAAUGCUACAGUCCAGGCAGCUAAGAAAUCCGCAUCCACUUCAAAAGUAUAGUGGAGGAAGAGUGAUACCCUCUGAAUUUGGUGUUUAGAGCAGAUGAAACAGGGCUAUUUUGGAAGGCUUUGCCCUCUUAAGGGUUCCCAACUUGGGGUGCCCACAUCCCUAGGAAGUGCGAGACAGAAUUUCAGGACAUGUGACAAAGAUUGGCUUGUUUCCCUUGAGUGCUGAGUCAGGAGGUGUUUUUUAUCUGAAUAAAAUGAAUAAAUGAAUCAUUUUUUUCUGAAUAAAUUAGAAUUAAUUACUCAAUUCAGAUUUGCAUUUUAUGCAUUGAGUAAAAGCUUCAUUUUUUAAAAGUUUAAUUUGUUCACUCACAGUAUUGUAUGGGGUUCAAAAAUUAGACUUAUUCUUUUUUAAAUGUGAUAUUACAGUUGGCCCUUCCCUACAUGGGGGAUCCAUUCUGGACCCCGCCGUGUAAGGGGAAAAAAUGCGUAAACUCAAGCCCCGUUAAAAUUAAUGGGGCUUGUUCCCGCGGCUUGCACCCAGCACAUCAAGGGACGCACUCCAUUGCUUCUUCCGGGGCGUGGGAGAAGUCUUUCUGGUGCGUCUUCCAGCAUAUGCUGAAAGAUGUGUAUGGCACGCCCGCAUAUGAUGUGGGCGCACUGUACAUUUGUAGGGAGGCAGUGUAAUUUUGAACCAAGGUUCUUCUGGUAUCAGACUGUGCUCCAGGGAAUUCACCAAACCUUGGCUCACUUCUUACCUGCAUAUUUGUAGAACUGAUUUUCCCCACACCAAAUAUGUCAUUGCUUCUACAACCAGAGGACCCCAAGGUGUUAUAACAAGCCUGUUUUGCAAAGUAUUCUUUCAGCCAAUUGAUCACAGCAGAAGAAGACCAGCAGAUGAUUAGAGCAAUAAUCCAUGAAGACAUUUUGGAAAACUUACAACAUAAAGCUAUCAGUAGUAUCAGAGACAGCCAGAAGGAAAUGACAUAUCUGUGCCUUAAUGGCAUUUGGUAGCGGUUGUGGAAAAGAACAUGUUGGAUUGGAACAUGAGAUUCCUGCAGUUAACACAGAUGUUGCAGAAAAGACAAAAGCAGUUCUCUUUGACAAAGCUGGCCCAGGUAAUAUCCAAGAUUUGCCAGAUGGCUGUGGUGAGUCUCUGAUAAACAAGGAACGAUGAGAGCUGAUGGAGAAACCAGUGACUCAAGCAAAUAAAGGCAGUUUAGCAAUGAAGAUGUUCUGGAGAGAGUGCUAACAACAAAGAUAUUGUCUGAUUAUUUGUUAGAUUUCUCUUACCUUAGAGCAUGGGUGACCAACUGUGGAAGGCUUGGGAGCUGCAUUAGCCCCCUUGGAAACCGCCAAGGAUACCCCCCCUCCAUAUCUGCUCCCACCAAAUAUAUAUACAUUUGGAACUCUGUAUCCACAGAUUCAACCAUUUAUGGUUUGAAAAUAUUUAAAAUACAGUCAGCCCUCCACAUUUCCAGAUUUGAUUGUUCAUGGAUUUGAUUGAUAUCUUGUAGCUAGGAAUCUCAAGGUCCUCCAGCUCAACUGUGUGGGCAACAUCUGUAGAAAUCACACUGGAAGACCUAGAGGUUCCCAGAGAGAUUAUGGCGGAGUCCUGGACCCAAACAUCAGGGGAUACAAAGGGCCCACUCUAGACACACACACUUGCCCUCAAAUGGUCUCUAGGGGCUAGGGGGCAUAUUCACCAUGGUUUGGGGCCAGAAGCCUUUUUUAACAAUAGGAUGUGAAUACAGAUUGCUUUCUGUUCACUUUGUGUUUAAAAAAAAGUCUUCUCCUAAGUCUAAAUUGGUCAGGUGAGGCAAGGUACAAAUGCCACCUCUAGACCCAGAGGCCAUUUUGGAGUGGAAAAAUAUGUGGAUUUAAAAAACAAACUAUAGACAGCCAUGGGAGCCACAAAAUGGCCCUGGUUGCACAUUGCUCAUCUAACUCAUGCCUUAGAGAUUAUGUCCAGAAAAUACCUUGAUUUUGAUCAGACUGUAUAGUAAGGAAAACUCUACUUAGAGCUUUAGAUUAUUACAGUGAGAUGCUGUGUCUGUAAAAAGAUGUCAGAUAUCCCUGCAAGGGGUAGUGGAUUGAGCGGACUCAAGAGCAAGAUUGAAAUCCCUGUUCAACCAGGGAGAUGCACUGGGUGACCUUGGGCAAGUUACACUCUCUCAGCCUCAGAGGAUGGUAAUGGCAACCCCCCUCUGGAGCAACUUAGCAAGAAAACCCCCCAUAAAUUGGUAGCAAAUUGAAGGCACACGGCAACUACCCUUAGUUACCUUCUUUGGGGGAGGGGGGAACCUUCAAGUGAUGUUUAGGAGGCUUGGGGUCUUCUUGUUUACUUACCCAAGGGUUUCUGGAUGUGGUUGUUUAAUUUCAUUUGUGUAUUUUGUUUGAAUAAAAAGUUGGCUGAAA